AUGCGCAACAGGCUGGAGUGUGGCCUCCAGAAAGCACGGUGUUUCCAAGAGCGGGAAAAGCGCAUUCCGGAAGUCGUAGUUCUGCGUUUCUACGCAGGAAUGGUAUUCUGCGCCAGAUUACUCAGUGGUGUGUGUAUGCAUGUGAUGGUGAUGGAGUUUGUGUGUCUGAACAGAUAGAUGGCAGCUCCCUUCCCAGACCCUCACACUCUGGCUUCAAGUGAACAAAAUAAAAACCUGAGAAUGGAUACUUCUGGAGAUCAAGAAACUAUCUCAAGAGGAGACACUGCUAACCUUGAGAUUUCCCGACAGAGGUUCAGGUGGUUUCGUUACUCGAAAGAGACAGGGCCCAGAAAAACCCUAAAUCAACUUUGGGAUCUCUGUGCUCAGUGGCUAAGACCAGAUAUUCACACGAAAGAGCAGAUUUUAGAGCUUUUGGUGUUUGAGCAGUUCCUGACUGUUUUACCUGGAGAGAUCAGGAGUUGGGUAAAAGCUCAACAUCCUGGGAGUAGUGAAGAAGUGGUGACCCUGAUAGAGGAUUUGACCCAGAUGCUUGGAGCAAAAGAAGAGGAAGAUUCACUCUCUCAAAACUCUACCGUUUUGCAAAAGGAGAAUGCAGAUCAGAGGGCUGCUGCUCUUCCCAGGGCUGAGCCGUUGGAAUCCAUCACGUUCAAGGAUGUGGCCAUGACCUUUUCCAGAGGAGAAUGGAAGAGUCUGGAGCCCUCACAGAAGGGGCUAUUUGUGGAAGUGCUACUGCAAAACUUCAGGAACCUCGAGUCUCUGGGUUUUCUAGUUUCUAAAGUAGACUUAAUUUCCCACCUAAAAUGGGUUUUAAUGCCAUGGCUGUUGAAGAAAGAAUUCUCCAAAGGCUCCAGAACAGAAGAAUUGCCUCCGGAUAAAUUAAUGGAAAAUUUGUUAAGUGGCAUUGAUAGUGACUUAAUGAUGGGAGAAUCCUGGGAAUGUUCUGAUGAGGAUUCUGAGGAGAAUCAGAGCAGUCCAGAAUAUUCUGAAGAGACAGUCACACAGCAGAGAAUUGACAGGGAUGUCAAUAGAGAUGCAGAAUCUGGUGCAAACCUCAGUGCGAGUUAUGCCCUUCCUCCAGAGAAAAGCCCCUUUGGGAAGAAUUGCAAGCAAACUUCGGACAUAAUUAAACAUCUGAGAGCCUAUUUGAGGAAGAAAGCUAGAUGGUACAAAGAAGGCAAGAAGUCCUUUACUUUCCAUUCUGACCUUGUUCCAAAUCACAAAGAACACCCUGGAGAAAAGGCCCAGAAACGCAGUGAAGGUGGGAGGUCCUUAAGUCACUCUUCACCUCAUUCUGAAUGUCCGAAACAUAAGAAACUGCAUUCAGGGAGUAAAACUCAGAAGUGCACUCACUGUGGGAUAAGCUUUACUCGAAAUGCAUACCUCAAAAGGAGAACAAAUAGAAAAAACUCCACGAUGUGUGAUAAAUGUUGGAAAGCUUUGCAUCUGGGCACAACCGUGAAUAAAAAUCAGAGUAUGGAGACAGAGAAAACCCAGAAAUGCAGUAAAUGUGGAAAAAUAUUUUGCUACAUUGCAUCACUCACUAAAUAUCACAAGCUCCGCACUGGAGAUACACCCUCUCUAUGUAAUGAAUGUGGAAAGGUUUUCCGUAGCACUUCAUCAUUUAAACCCCGCCACAGAACUCACAGUAAAGAGAAACCGUUCAAGUGUGAUGAUUGCGGGAAAACUUUCACCAUGGGUGCCCACCUAAUUAAACACCAGCGAAUUCAUACUGGAGAAAAACCCUAUAAGUGUAAAGACUGUGGGAGACCAUUCAGCGACAGUUCAUCUCUUAUUCAGCAUCAGCGAAUUCAUACUGGAGAGAGGCCUUACACCUGUAAUGACUGUGGGAAAACCUUCAGUCAUAGCUCCUCCCUUUGCAAACAUCAGAGAAUUCAUACUGGAGAGAAGCCCUAUAAAUGUAGUGAAUGUGGAAAAGCCUUUAGACAGAAUUCUUGCCUUACUCGACAUCAGAGAAUUCAUACUGGAGAAAAACCCUAUUUAUGUAAUGACUGUGGGAUGACCUUCAGCCAUUUCACGUCUGUUAUUUAUCAUCAAAGACUUCAUUCAGGAGAAAAACCCUACAAGUGUAGUCAGUGUGAAAAAGCCUUUCCUACCCACUCACUCCUUAGUCGUCAUCAGAGGAUUCAUACUGGUGUCAAGCCUUAUAAAUGUAAAGAAUGUGGGAAGACCUUCAGUCAGAGUUCCUCUCUUAAUGAGCAUUAUCGUGUUCACACUGGAGAAAAACCCUAUGAAUGUGACUAUUGUGGGGCAACCUUUAGUCGGAGCUCAAUACUUGUGGAACACUUAAAAAUUCACACUGGAAGGAAAGAGUAUGAAUGUGAUGAAUGUGAGAAGACAUUUAAAAGUAAUUCAGGCCUCAUUAGACACCGAGAGUUUCACUCUGGAGAGUAA